AUGGCCUCUCCUCGCCCUGCCUCCCCUCUCACCUCCGGUGCCGAGUCUGGCCCCGACUCCAAGGCCUCUGGCUCUGGUGCCGGUGCUUCUGGAUCUGCCUCUGCCGUCAACCGUCCUUCCUCUCCCACUCCCCCCGGUGGCCCUCGUGCUGCUUUGCGUCGUCGCGCGGCUGCAGACCACAAGGAGUCUCUGCGAAAUGCCAGACCUAGCUCUACUCGCUCUGCUGGUGCCGGUGGUUCCUCGGGUACUAUGCUCAAGCUCUACACCGACGAGAGCCCCGGUCUCAGAGUUGACCCCGUCGUUGUGCUCGUUCUGAGUUUGGGUUUCAUUUUCUCUGUUGUUGGACUGCAUGUCAUCGCCAAGAUCACCCGCAAAUUCUCCUCGUAA